CCUCUAUCAUCAUCAUCAUCAUGCUCAAGUGGACGGCCUCGGCCCAGAGAUUAAACGAACUGGCCACACCAGUUCGCCCAAGCCAAAGACGUCAGCGCCAUCAGCGACGCGCCACAAUAGCCACAAACAGUCAUGAGAACAAGGAGAAUUUACCCAAUGUGGGCUACACAUCGACUCCAGUGCCAUUGCGAAACAGUCCCUUGGUGCUGGCCCCCCUGACGGACGUGCGCAACAUAACGCCCGAGACAUUUAAGCCGUCACCACGUCAGCGUGUUCGUCAUGUCUAUGCCACCACCUUGCCGCAUUAUGCCGAGGAGUACUCCCCGAAUGCCGCCGGCCAAUUGCCAACGGGACAGAACUUGGCUCUGCGUGGUCUCUUGCCCAUGGAUCCGUUUCUGGAGCAACCGCGCUAUAUGGACGGUUCGGCCACAUUGCGACAACUGACCAAACGCAAGCUGGAGCCCGAUUUUGUUGACACCAUGAAGGAGGUGGUGGUGCCAGCUGUGGCCGCAAGGACUAAGCAUAGGCCUAGCACUCCGCAGCCAGCUUCCGCAGAAAUGGAUGACCAAUCAUUGGACAAACUGAUCGAUGCCAUCUUGGAUUCCGCUUGCAAGGCCGAUGCCGCAAUCAAACACAAGAAACCGCGCAAAUCCUUUAAUCUUCGUCGUCGCACACUGGUCAAACAGCAAUUGGAAUCGGAAUACGCGGCCAUAUUGUCACCAUCCUAUGCUCCAGGCGAUGAUCCGGCCAGUGAUUUGAGUUUCGGUAUGCUCCCAUGUUUGCCAACCACACCGGAGCCGGCUUCACCUUUGCCCAAUCAGUUGCCGCACAGCAUAUUGGUUCAGUUGCCCACACCUCAAUUGAGAACUAGGACGAAACCCGAGCCCAAUCCCAAUCCAAAGAUAUCCCUGGUGGACAAUACUUUUUGCCUAGAGACACCAGUUCGUAAGCUGAAAAGGAGCAGGGACAAUAGACAGACGAUGGACCAAGGACAAAUGGAAUCAUCGCCAUUGAAACGCUAUAAAGUUGAUGCUCGUAAUUAUUUUGAAGUUGGUCUAGCUUUGCCUUCUUCCAUAUAUGUCUAAAGCAAGAGUGAGACAGACAGACAGAGAGAG